AUGGCCAACACAAAGGAUUACACUGUCGGCUGGAUCUCGGCCAUCGAGUCAGAAUAUAUUGCCGCAGAUGUAUUCCUGGACGAAACGCACAAUCCACCAGCCGAUCUACCGCCCGACGAUAACGAUUAUACUUAUGGAAAGAUCGGGAAUCAUAAUGUGGUCAUCUCCACUCUCCCGAGCGGAGAAUACGGCAAAUCUUCGGCUGCUAGUGUGGCCACGAACAUGAUCCGCAGCUUCCCUAAUAUCCGGAUUGCUUUGAUGGUUGGCAUCGGUGGCGGAGCGCCAAGCUCCGAGAACGACGUCAGGCUUGGUGAUAUAGUCGUUGGGAAACCCGGUGAUGGUCAAAGUGGUGUAUUGCAUUAUGACUAUGGCAAGACAAUACAGGGCGAAAGCUUCAAGCCAACUGGGGUCCUCAGUCUGACGCCUAGGCUCCUGCGUGGAGCGAUGCAAGGACUUGCCAAAGAAUAUAAAAUCAAGGGUCAUAAGAUUGGAGAGGCCGUCGAGAAAGUAUUGAACGACAAUCCGCGACUGAGAAGAGAAUAUGGACGGCCGGAUCUAGCGACAGAUCGGCUUUAUAAGUCCGAUGUGGUGCAUCCGUCUGGGAGCAAAUCACCUUGCCUUACCAGCUGCGGUGACGAUGAAUCCUCGCUCAUCAUCCGCGAGGAGCGAAACGAACACGACGAUAACCCUAAAGUCCACUACGGUUUGAUCGCAUCCGCCGACCAACUUAUGAAAGAUGCCAAGAUUAGGGACCGAUUCAUCGAACAAAACAACGUCUUAUGUUUUGAGAUGGAGGCAGCUGGAUUACUCAAUCACUUCCCAUGUCUUGUGAUCCGUGGCAUCUGUGACUACUCCGACUCCCACAAAAACAAGGCGUGGCAGGGCUAUGCGGCGAUGGUUGCCGCGGCCUAUGCUAAGGACCUACUGAAUCGCCUUAGCCCGGUUCAGAUCGCGCAGGAAACAAAGGUCACUAUGCAGGUAAAGGUUGACAAUAUCGACAACAGCGUCAAUAAUCAUCACAAUACAAGUAUCAAAUUUGGGAACAACCACAAAGGCUUCCAAGUUGGUCAGAACAACGGCACAAUCUCGCAUGGAGGAGACCGUCCGAGUUGGUGA